AUGCUGACCAAAAUUGCCGCCAGCACUGUGCGAAACUUUUUGCAGUGCCAAUCUGGCCAGCUUUCCCACCUUCGUUACUUGUCGGCUGCAGGCAAAGAUCCCAACCCCGGUCUCGCCGAGACCAAACACGGUCGCAAGGAGUCGGAUGAGGACUUUGACAACCGCUACAUUGCCUGGUUCUCCAAGCCUGAUAUUGAUAGCUGGGAGCUGCGCAAAGGCAUCGCCGAUCUGCAUGGCAUGGAUCUAAUUCCAGAGCCGAAGAUCAUCAUCGCCGCUCUCGAAGCCGCCCGCCGCUUGAAUGACCACUCGGUGGCUGUUCGCUUCCUUGAGGCCCUGCGCUGGAAGUCUCGUAGCAACAAGGAGAUCUACCCAUAUUUGAUGCAGGAGAUUCGACCAACACUCGCCAAACUGGGCAUCAGCACUCCGGAGGAGCUGGGCUACGAUCAGCCUGAACUGAGCAUUCACAACGCUUUCACCGAUUAA